CAGCGAGAGAGAUGCUCAGAGAGUCAUGACGCUGGAACUUGCUGUUCGACACAGAAAACAGAGCAGGAUGGAGGAUCAGGACAGGGUGAGUCAGACUUCUAGUGUCGCCACUGUAUCCUUUAUACCGAACAGAGACCAAUUUCAUGAAAAGGUGCAGACAUUUGGAAAGAGAUGUCAUGCGGUAAAGAGGGAUCCAAACUGUCCGGUGGUGAUCAGAGGAUGGCUCUACAAGAGGGACAGCACUGGAUUAAAGUUAUGGAAGAGAAGGUGGUUUGUGCUCUCCAAUUACUGCCUGUAUUAUUAUAAAGACAGCAGAGAGGAGUCUGUUUUGGGUAGUAUUCCUAUUCCUAGCUACAGGAUUCUGUACUGCUCCCCUCGAGAAUGCAGGAACCGCAAAUACGCAUUUAAGGUUGUCCAUCAGGGGAUGCGUCCAUAUAUUAUGAGUGCUGAAACUCAAGAGGAUAUGUUGGGCUGGGUCAGAGCUCUCAGCCAAUCAGCAAAUAUGGAAGCUGAUGACAUCCUCAACAGACGCUGUAGCAGUUUUCAAGACUUUACGCAGAUGAGAGAUGAUGCCGAAAUGAUGGAGCUCCAGCAGACAUUUCCAGAGAGAAACACCCAGACGACAGCAAAACUGACCCGAGCGCAGACAGAACCGACUCUGCAGGAUCAACCCAUGAUGGGAACGAAGACAUCAGAGCUGAGAGGCAAACACGGAAUCAGAUCCCGUGACCCUGAAGCUCUCCAGCAGUCUCAAAGUUUGGGAAAGGCAGAUGAAGAGCCCUUUUCCUUCCAACUUCCGACAGAAACUUUAGGAAAUCUCCCUUUAUUUGCCAGAGAUCAGUAUGGCUGUCAGGGUAAUGUUGGAAGAGACGGUUGGCCGCUGGAUAACAGCUCCAGCGCUCCUCUAUCACCCUGCAUCUAUACAGAGAGAAGACACCUGGCCGACACUUUUCAGAGAUUUCCAUGUGGAGUGUGCUAUUGUUCAGACUAUCACACAGCAGAACACAUGACACUGUGUAAGACAGGAACAUCUGACAUACUCUUUGGGAGAGAAGUGCAGCCAAUAAGAGACCUGGAGAAUGACACAGAUGUGGUGUUGACCCGUUUGUGUGGUUGUGAUAAACUUCUGCAGUCUCUUUCAAUGCAGUUGACUCAACUGCAUGCAGAUAAAAAAAGUGUGGAGUGUGCUUUAGAAAGAAGAUGGUUUGAGAUGGAUGAUGUACUUCCUGAAGAACAUGAUGUAUCCCAGAAGGCUUUGCUUCAGGAGGAUCUGGUUACACUCAGAGCAAGAAUAUGUGAUGUGUCAUCGGAGAUGGACAGACUGUGGAGUGACUAUGAACGAAUGGAAAGCGAACUCUCUGUCUUCCAUUCCCAUUUUCAACACAUUCUGCAUUUUGGAACGCCACAGGAGCAGAUUCAGGCCCAGCGGCAGCUCUGGAUGAUGGAGGACAUCUUGUGCGGUUUGAGAGUCAACAAGAACCGUUUACUGGGUUUGCAAACACCGGGAGUUCCUCAGCCAAAAACCCUCCCCUACUUUGAUGGAGAGUUCAGAGGUCAUGACAUGGACUGUGUGACUCAACUGGAGCAGCAGGACUUCAUGAAAUAUCACCACAAUUAUACAAGAAACCUCAAAGAGAUCUCCGCCAGUGACAGCAGGACCAGCUUUGACCAUGACACCAAAUUUUCAAACGAAUCCCCUCACGAGCCACUGCAACUGACACGCGUGGUUACAUCAACCCUUCCGACACCAUUAAUGGCCGAGUGCAUCUUUGUAGAAGACCAUGAACAGAUCCACCAGCAGUCAGCUCUGAAGAACAAAAGGAUCCCCCAAAAACCCAGCAGAAUGCGGCAUGAGACCACUGACAAGACCAGACGCUGCCACUGGGCAGAUUUGCCAGAGGAAAGAGACAAUCCCAACAAACAGAAUGAGUUUUCUGCAAAGGCUGAUGGAAAAGGCUGGAUACACCUUCAACAGCAGCUCGAGCCUGAAGCUUCAUAUGUCACGAACGGCGAGACUGACUGUGACCUCGCCAUGACCUCUCAGAGACGAGAAAAUAAAGUCAGACACAUGGAGCGUGAAGAUAGACCCCUAAGUGCGGUCAUAGAACACUUCACAGACGACAUUCAAUGCUUGGGACUCAUUUCAGCCAAUGAGAAAGAGACAGAUACCAACAAGUGCACAACAGAUGAAGCUGUUCUACACUUGAAUAAUGGCUACAGUGGCAACAGGCACACAAUUCAGAGCAACGGCAAAGAGAUUGCCCGUCUGCCAACACCCCACACUAAAUUGAAGAAUGUGAUAUCACAACAAUCCUCAUGCAAUGACAUCAUCGUAAUAGAAAGCCACUCCAUUAAUCAUAUCUCAACACUGACUGUCUUUAAGGGUCAUCAGGGAAAUAAUCAAACAAACAAACCUCAAAAGAAAACCAGAAACUCUGACGGACAAAAGUUCUCUGGUAAUCUUAAAUCAGAGUGUUUUUUGUCAAACAGGCGAUGGUGUGAGGUGGCCCCGGCCGACCAUCAGAAAGCAUUUCUCCUGCCUCUGGAAAAUCAACAAACAGACCAAGAAAGCAACCGGAAAGCUCAAAAUGUUGAAAACAAUUCCAGUGUUCAUGAAGGUCAGAAUGGAGUUGACUUUGAAGAACGCCAAAGUCCCAAAACAUCCAAGCAACUGCAGGACGCUCAAUCUAAUCAACCAAUCACAACAUCUGACAAACAAUCUACAUGCACCCCUGACCACUCCAAACCGGACCAGUGCAUCUAUGAGGAAAUCCAGAUGAUCCCACCCACAUCAGAAGAUCCCAAACCAAAUCAGAACAAUCACUCGCAGACAUCGAUUGUCACGGCAGACAAGGAACUUGCCACUGAGGAACAUGGGGAGUACAGCUCAAUAAACACAGAAAGCAGAAAGUUUCAAGAGGUGUCCAAAGGUGGAAAAGGAAGUGAUGUCACAUGCAAACGAGGGAAGGGACAGAAAGGUAAUAAUUCCAUCAUGAAGAGUUCUGUGGUCAAUCAUCAUGUGCAGGAUUGCAGGCCGCGGAUUACCGUGGUAAGCACCAGUCUGUAGACCAGGGAUGUCAAACUCAGUUCCUGGAUGGCCGCAGCCCUGCACAGUUUAGCUCCAACCAGCUCUAAACCACACCUGCUUGGAAGUUUAGCUGAAUCAGGUGUGUUUGAUUAGGGUUUGAGCUAAACUGUGCAGAGCUGCGUCCCUCCAGGACCUGAGUUUGACACCUGUGCUGUAGACUGUUAGUUUAGAACGACUUCAAAAAGUCAAUGAGACAGAAAAAAAUAUGAAUAUAUGAGAAUGAGACAGAUAACAGGAAGUUAUACGCAAGAUAAAAUACUGAAAAAAAUUCACUUUUCUUUCAUAUGCUGAAUAAAUAAUAAAUAAAUGAAACAAUAAAAACAAUCCAGUCACCAAACUCAGUUUGUGUGAAGCUUAUGAUCUGCAGGUUAUUCUGAGAACAGAGAUGCGGAAUAAAUUCUGUGAACUUUUUUUGUGGUUUUUACUAUUUACAGUAUAUAAAAGUAGUUCAAAUCUCUUUUCAAUUUAAAUGUAUAUUUCUAUAGUGCUUUUUACACUUUUACAUUGUUGCAGUUAGGCAACUUUUUACAAAAUAAGCCUAAAUUUUAAAAUAAACAUUAUUGUUGCAAAUUCAUAUGCAAGAUAUGUGUUAGCAUUUCAAUGGUAAAAAUAAUUGUUCGUGAAAAUAACGCCACCAAAUAAAAUUUAAAUAUUACUUAAUGAGAUUAAAGAUUAAAUGGAAAAUGUUAAUACAAUAAAAUAAAUAAAACAUUCAUUGUUUCUGAGUGGCCAACUAUUGUCUAACAUUAUAUUCUCAUGUGGCUUAUGUUUUUACAUAAUAAAAGUGAUUACUAAAAGAA